AUGGCCCCGGGGUCCCAGCCGGUGUGCGAGUCUGACUGUAAGCUCACAUUUGUGUCCCUGAGCGAAGGAAAAGAGAGAUCAAGCAGUAUCACUCCCAGCCUCUCUCUCCCUCCUCUCCCUCCUCUCUCUCCCCUCUCUCUCCCCUCUCUCUCCCCUCGUUUUCUCCUCUCCCUCCUUCCUCUAUCUCUCCUCAAACUUUUCCCGGUCACACAGCCAACUUUCCUCUUUCCGAUGCGGCGUGGUCUCGCUCGUCUCGUUUGCGUGAUCUCGCCGGGCGUCAGUCUGUGCCACUCCGACUCUACUUCCUCCUCGGUGAACGCCAUGGCACUAAUGAACCCCCCCCCCUCCCUCUUCCUCCUCCUUCCCCCUGCGCUGUCACUGAGCAUCCCCGGCCCACCGGACAUCAUCAGGGGCCAAGUCCGAGGCCGAGGUGACCCGAGCGCCACGGCCUAG